GUCCCCACGCCGCGCGCCAUCUUGGUUACGCCGGCCCGAGGGUUUCGCCUUGAGCCGGCCGCGGCGGGCACAGCAAGCAGGAUGGAGCAUUACCGCAAAGCUGGCUCUGUAGAGCUCCCCGCACCUUCCCCAAUGCCCCAGCUUCCUCCUGACACCCUGGAGAUGCGGGUCCGAGAUGGCAGCAAGAUUCGAAACCUGCUGGGGUUGGUACUGGGUCGGUUGGAGGGUGGUGGCACACGGCAUGUGGUGUUCUCAGGUUCCGGCCGGGCUGCGGGGAAGGCUGUCAGCUGUGCCGAGAUUGUCAAGCGUCGGGUUCCAGGCCUGCACCAGCUCACAAAACUGCGUUUCCUACAGACAGAGGACAGCUGGGUCCCAACCUCACCGGACACAGGCCUAGACCCCCUUACGGUACGCCGCCACGUGCCUGCGGUGUGGGUACUGCUCAGCCGGGACCCCUUAGACCCUACUGAGUGUGGCUACCAGCCUCCAGGAGCAGCCCCUGGCCUGGGCACUAUACCCAGCUCCAACUGUGCCCCCCGACUCCGAAGAAGGGCUCGAGACACCCGGUCCUGAAGACCUACUGAGCCUGAGCUGUACUCUAGGGCUGACUUCUUGGAAUGGCUGUGCCUUCUGUGAGAAGCACUCAACAUCCCACCAAGGCUUGGAUCUACAGAAGUCGUGCUUCCUCUUGAAUAUGGGACAGGACUGCCGUGAAGAAUGACAGUCGUGGGUUCUGGACUGCUCAAGAAGAGCUUAUGCUGCCUCGGCAUCAGAUCUGCUUUUUCUAACAGAGGUCCAGGGAGGGAGUUAGGAAAUAAAAGUUACGCCCGUU